AUGGAUGCAGAGAACAAGGCUAAGCACCAACCGAGUGCGUUCCCGGGUUGCGGAUAUGGGAAUGGCCCGGCCUGCCUGCGAACAGUAUCAUCAAAUGAUAUUCUGCACAAUGGCGGAAAGGGUGAGGGCAAAUCUUCUGAUGAAGUUCUGAAGGCUCUGCGCUCGGGGCUUCAACCGGAGGAUUUGAGCGCAGCAGUAAAAGCCAUAAGGAUAGCCCGGAAAGGUGGUCUUCUUAUCGAGUUCGAGGGAUCUGUCAAAAAUCGCUCCAUACUUGGAAACAAGAUCACCGAGUCAGCCGGCGGUGACGUAGAGGUACGCCAUCUCGUCCCUACCACUACGGUGGUUAUAGACGGGCUGAACGCAGCCACCACUAUUGAAGAGGUCAAGGAGGCCCUGAGAAGGGAUAUUGGUGAAGGCGUAGACGGAUUCAAAGUGACAAUUUCCAACCCAAUAAAUGGGGAGCCGUCCGCAUAUAUAUCGAGGCUGGACUCGAGGCCGCUGCGGCUUUGGAGACAUUGGGAAGGGUUAAGGUUGGCUGGUCGAACUGUCGAGUCUGCCGUUGGGAGUGACUAG